AUAAAAUAUGGUAACUUAAAUAUUUAUGCUCAAUUUUCAAUCAAUAUUGUUAGUGUUUUUGCCGGUUAAAAUAAACAAUUCAUGGUACUGUAAUCACUAGUUGGAUUUAUACUUUUUAUGGAAAAUGACUAAAUAAGAUGGCAUUUUAAUAUUCUUGCUAGCUCAAGUAGUAUUGGAAAUUAUCAUAGUCCAUGUAACCCUAAUUUGUAUAUAUUCAUAAAAUAAUGAGGUCCAGUCUUAUUUAAUGAGUGUAUUCACUAUCUUGGUUGUUACUUAUUAUUCUUGGGCGAUUAAAUAAUAAAAACUUUAAAAAAAACAAUCAAGUAAAGGUUCUUUGCUUACUUCUCGAGUACCAAAUACAAUGAAAUCACUUGAUUUUCUGGAAGACAUACAUUUUAUUACAUAAAAAGCUAUUGUGCUUGAAAAUUCAACAACGUUAGAUGUGAGAUCCUUUACUAAUGAACUUAAAGAUAUUUUAAUAAAAGAUGAAGUUACAGAAGAAAAUUUUUUGGAUCAAAUGAAAAUACUUAAAGUAGAUAAAUAAUCUUAAAAAAAUUUAAAUUAAAAAAUUAAGGGAAUUACCUUGCGUUAACUUAUUAAUAAAUGCUAGAUUGUUUAAAAAACAACAGAUAUAUUAAUAAUAAAAACUAAUUUUAUAUUGUUAGAAUAUUAUUAGAUAAAAUUACAUUUUGAAAGAGAUGUGAUUAUUUUAAAAUUUGAAGAAAUUAAAGAAUUUGCUAAAUAUAUUAAAAAAAAUUCAUGUUUUGCAUUAAUGAAUAAAUUAUUUUAAUCUUUUAGUCAUGAAUUUGGAACAUUAUUAAAUUAAAUAGCUCUAAAUGCUUAAAAUGGUUUGGCCUAAUAUUAAAAUAUGAAAGAUUAAUUUGAUUCAAUUUACAACUGUGUAGUAAUUAUGAAUAAUAUGGUAAAAGAUUUAAAAGAUUUUCAUUAAUUACGAAGUAAAACAUUUUAAUUAGAAAUUGUUGAUGUAAAUAUAGAUGACAUAUUCUCUGAACUCUAAAAUUUAUUCAAAUAGUAAGCAUCUUAAAAAAAGAUUUCCUUAUAUUUAGUAAAUAAAGUAACAAUAGCCUUUAAAUAAGAUGAAUAAAGAAUUAAAUAAAUUCUAUAAAAUCUAAUAUAGAAUGCUAUCAAAUACACAAAUUAAGAUGGACAUAUAUAUGUAACUGCUGAGAAAGAAGACGAUAGAAAAAUAAAAUUUUCGGUUUUAGAUUCAGGAAUAGGGAUUUCUGAAAGUGUAGCUACAAAUAUAUAGAAAAUGUUGGGAAAUGAUUUGAUAUUGACAUCAAAGCUUUCAGAAGGUGCUGCUGGAUUAGGAUUAGGAUUAUUAAAUUCAAAUUAUUUAAUUAAACAUUUAUCUUCUUUUAAAUAAGGACAUAAGGAAUAUUUAUAAUUUAAAUCAAAAUUAGGAGAUGGAACUAAAUUUUGGUUUAGUAUAUGGAAAUAUUAAGUGUAAGAAUCACCUUCAAGUUAAUUUGAAUAAAAAUCAAUAAAAAAGAUUCACAAGAAAGUAUUUCUUCAUUAGAAAUCGAAUAUUGCUCCACCUCCUAUAUCUAGUAUUGCAUCAAAUUCUAAAAGUUGUCCAUCAUAAAUUAGAAAAUUAAGUCCAAAUAAAUCUUGUUAGAUUAAACAAUAACCUUAAAUAUUUUUUCCAUCAAAUAUUAAAGAUGAAAAUAUAAUAAUAAUGGAAGAGGAUGAUAGAACAAUUUCAGAUGAUCCAAAACCAAAUCAUUUACCUGGUUAUAGAGCAAGAUAUCCAUCAAUGAGUUCGCCAGAAUGUUUAUAUAUUAAAUUAUUACUUGUUGAUGAUGAAUUAGCAAAUUUAUUCCCUUUAAAAAUUAUGAUAAAAAUGCUUGGUUUUGAAAGUGAUAUAACAUAGAAUGGAUAUUAAGCAAUAUAAAUGGUUGAAUCAAGAUUAAAUUAGAAAUACUAAUAUCAUUUAAUUUUGAUGGAUAUAAAUAUGCCAUAAAUUGAUGGAUUUGAAACUACAAAGUAAAUAAAAUGCUUAUAACCAAAUAUAAAAAUAGUAGCAUGUUCUGCUUUUAGUGAUAUGUAAACUAAAUAUUAAGCAUAAUUAUGUGGGAUGGUAGAUUAUCUUGA